UCGACGACCAAACGCCGCCCCAUCUCCAACAGUCAACACCACCAACCGGUUCCCGUCACAAUUCAUUCGAGAUGGCGAACGAACGCUCCGGACUCAUUCUCGGCUUGAACAAGGGCCAUAAAACCUCCGCCAUCGAGAAGCGCCCCCGCAUCUCGAGAAGAAAGGGUGCCUUGUCCCGCCGUACCGCGUUCGUCCGAGAGAUCGUCAAGGAAGUCGCUGGUCUCGCACCGUAUGAGCGCCGCGUCAUCGAAUUGUUGAGAAACUCCCAGGAUAAGCGUGCCAGGAAGUUGGCUAAGAAGAGACUCGGUACCUUCGGCCGUGCCAAGAGAAAGGUCGACGAGAUGCAGAAGGUCAUCGCUGAGGCCAGACGGACUGGUGCUCACUAAAUCCGACUCUGCGAUGUGGAGGGGGCAGCAGUAGCCUGGGGUGGUCGUAGUGCAAAGAGUCCAUGGCCUUGCGUGUGCCAUCGAGAGACGGGCAGAGAGUUGUGUUAUGCGACAUCUGGACCUUUUCUUAGGCGAGAGAGAGAAGGGAAGCCUCGAUUUCUUACUGGGAAACAAGGCGCAGGGCUCGGUGAACUUUUCGUGGGGCAUCUGUUUUUUGACGAUGGGCUUCGAGAUUAUGUUUUUUUUUUUUAUUUCAUGUGGUUUAAAUCGCACCCAUCCGUCGACAAAUCGAAGCUAGAAAUCACCGAAACCAAAAUCAAUAAUGACAUGAUUCCCUGAUAUCCUUUUUUC